CCCGUGAAGAAGCCGAAGAUGGAGCAGAUCCAGGCCGACCACGAGCUCUUCCUGCAGGCCUUCGAGAAACCAACACAGAUAUAUAGAUUUCUACGUACCCGGAAUCUCAUAGCACCAAUAUUUUUGCACAGAACUCUCACAUAUAUGUCCCACAGAAACUCCCGAACAAAUAUCAGAAGGAAAAUGUUCAAAGUAGAUGACAUGUUAUCAAGAGUAGAGAAAAUGAAAGGAGAGCAAGAGUCUCACAGUUUGUCUGCCCAUCUACAACUCACAUUUACUGGUUUCUUCCAUAAAAAUGAUAAGCCAUCACAGAAUUCAGAAAAUGAACAAAAUUCUGUAACCCUGGAAGUACUGCUUGUGAAAGUUUGCCACAAGAAAAGAAAGGAUGUCAGUUGUCCAAUAAGGCAAGUUCCUACAGGUAAAAAGCAGGUGCCUUUGAACCCAGACAUCAACCAAAUAAAGCCAGGCAACUUCCCAUCACUUGCAGUUUCCAGUAAUGAGUUUGAACCCAGCAACAGCCAUAUGGUGAAAUCUUACUCAUUAUUAUUCAGAGUAACUCGUCCAGGAAGAAGAGAAUUUAAUGGAAUGAUUAAUGGGGAGACUAAUGAAAACAUAGAUGUCAAUGAGGAAAUUCCAGCUAGGAGAAAACGUAAUUCUUCAAAUCGUGAAGAUGGAGAAAAAACUUUUGUGGCACAAAUGACUGUGUUUGAUAAAAACAGACGCUUGCAGCUUCUGGAUGGGGAAUAUGAAGUAGCUAUGCAGGAAAUGGAAGAGUGUCCAAUUAGCAAGAAAAGAGCAACAUGGGAAACUAUACUCGAUGGGAAGAGGUUACCUCCAUUUGAAACAUUUUCUCAGGGACCUACACUUCAGUUUACCCUUCGUUGGACUGGAGAUACAAAUGAUAAAUCUACAGCUCCUAUAGCCAAACCUCUUGCAACACGUAAUUCAGAAAGUCUCCCUCAAGAAAACAAGCCUAGUUCUGUUAAACCUACUCAGACUAUAGCUGUGAAAGAAUCCUUGCCGACAGACCUACAAACAAGAAAAGAGAGAGAUGUUUUAAAUGAACCUCGGCAAAAGUUACGAAUAUUUUACCAGUUCCUGUAUAACAACAACACAAGACAGCAGACUGAAGCCAGAGAUGAUUUGCAUUGCCCAUGGUGCACAUUGAAUUGCCGCAAACUUUAUAGUUUACUCAAACAUCUUAAGCUUUGUCACAGCAGAUUUAUUUUUAAUUAUGUUUAUCAUCCAAAAGGUGCUAGGAUAGAUGUUUCUAUCAACGAGUGUUAUGAUGGCUCCUAUGCAGGAAAUCCUCAGGAUAUUCAUCGUCAGCCUGGAUUUGCCUUCAGUCGCAAUGGGCCAGUCAAAAGAACUCCUAUCACACACAUCCUUGUAUGCAGGCCAAAACGUACAAAAGCAAGUAUGUCAGAAUUUCUUGAAUCAGAAGAUGGAGAAGUGGAACAGCAAAGAACAUACAGCAGUGGACACAAUCGAUUAUAUUUCCACAGCGAUACCUGUUUACCACUCCGUCCUCAAGAAAUGGAAGUAGAUAGUGAAGAUGAAAAAGAUCCUGAAUGGCUGAGAGAGAAAACUAUUACACAAAUUGAAGAAUUUUCUGAUGUUAACGAAGGAGAGAAAGAAGUCAUGAAAUUGUGGAAUCUACAUGUUAUGAAGCACGGGUUUAUUGCUGACAAUCAAAUGAAUCAUGCCUGUAUGCUGUUUGUUGAAAAUUAUGGACAGAAAAUAAUUAAGAAGAAUUUAUGUAGAAAUUUUAUGCUUCAUCUGGUCAGCAUGCAUGACUUUAACCUCAUUAGCAUAAUGUCAAUAGACAAAGCUGUCACUAAGCUUCGAGAAAUGCAGCAGAAGUUAGAAAAAGGAGAAUCGACUACCCCAACGAAUGAGGAGUUUUCUGAAGAACAAAGUGGAACGACAAAUGGAUAUAGUGAAAUUAACACACGAGAGAGAGUUUCAGAAACAGAUAGUGUCUCAGGGGUCACAAAACAGAGCAAAAAACAAAAGCUCUGAAGGAAAAGCAAAUGCCAUUCAAUGGACAAACAUUGAAGUGAUGUUCUAGGGUGCAUGAGCUCUAUAAAGAAUUAAACAAAAAAUUACACAGGUUCCAAACAGGCACUGUUGGAUGGAUAUAAAUGAUUUCAACAAGGAUAUUGUUACAAAAGGUUCCUAUUGAGUUAAUUAUGCAAAUACUACAUGUAUAUCAGUUUUUGGUGAUGUAAUGACAAUAUUCUAAGAGUUUGAGCAUGAAGAGCAAUACAAAAAUCUUUUUGUAACUUUAGUAAUUAGUAUCUUAUGAACUCUACUGAAUUUACAUAAUUUAAAGUAUAUAUCAAACAGUUUUUUAUAUUAAGGUUUUUGCAUCUGUACCUGGCUGUUUUUCCUACCAUGAAAUUGUGAAACAUUGGGCAAGGGAAUUGGGACAUAAUUUACUUUUUUAUUUAGAAAUUCUCCAGUUAGCUUUUUGUGAAAUUAUACAACAUUAUUUAAAGUUUAACCUUGAUCCUUGUUUUUUGGAAUCAUUUAUCAAUUUAUGAUCAUCACAAACCACAAAUUGAUAUUUUUUUUACACUAACAUUGUAAAAGUUUGCAAAUUUAACAUAGCACUUCUUUGCCUUGUGCCUGUUUGGAAAGACCUUGACUUUUCACAUUACAGACACAGUGAUAUACCAUCUUGGCUUUUUGAGGUUACCGGCAGUUUGUUUUUUGUGGAUAAUUCUGAUGCAUUGAUCGACCAGUGUACCAUUUUAAACUUGAACAUUUAGCUACUUUCUAUUUUUAUUACACAUUUACACAGCUACAUAAGAACUAUCUGGUGUCUAACUCUUUUUUUUUAAAAGGGUUACAUCAUAGCGUGCCAUGCUAAGGCCCAGAGUCUACAGUCAGUAUGUAGUCAUUACUCUUAAUUCUCCAGUUGGAGUUAUGCCUACUGUUUUGCCUGAGCACAGACUGCAGGAUCAGGCCAUAAAUUUAGCUUGGGCUUUUGAGAUACCACUCUUCAGGAAAAAUGCACUGUAAAAUUGGACCAGAAAAUGUGUUGCACUUUUCAUGCAAGUAUUCUGUGAUGUAUUGUAUUCAAUACAGAUACUAAGACGCUGACUAAAAUAUAUUUGAGCAGUUUUGCACUGCUGUUAACACAUUUUAUGCAUAUGUUUACAGAUUUUUUUUCCAAUGGAAAGUGGUUUCACUACUGGUACAGUAUCAGCACCGAAGGGUUUAUUCAAGCAAGCACUGUGGUUGAGUGACAUCACCUCAAUUUUUUAUUAUCCUUAAGAUAUUGCAUUUUUCAUAUUCUUUAUUUAUAAAGGAACAAUGCUGCUGUAAAUACAGGUAUUUUUAAUUUUUUAUUUCAUUCCAUCACCAUAAGAUGCAUUUCCCUAUUUGUUUAAGGGAUAUAUAAGCUUUCUAAUGGUGUCUUCAGAAAUUUAUAAAAUGUAAAUACUGAUUUUGAUGGUCCUUAAAAUGUGUUUAACUGUGAGACUAUUUAACUAAUGGUGUGGAUGUGAUUUGUCAUCCAGUAUUAAGUUCUUAGUCACUGAUUUUGUGUAAAAAUAGGAAAGAGGGAAACUGCAGCUUUCAUUAAACUCUUUUGAUUUGUCGGCUCUGAGUUAUAGCAAACUCUAAUUAUGCCUCUGGGUAAGUACAUCAAGCAUUUCUCUCUGGCUUUAAUUUGCUAAAGCUGUGCACAUAUGUAAAAAAAAUAGAUUAUUUUAGGGGAAAUGUAGUUCUAGAUAUUGCUUAUGUCAUUUCUUAAGCAGUUAUGCUCUUAAUGCUUAAAAGAAGGCUAGCAUUGUUUGCACAAAAAGUUGGUGAUCCCCAAAAAAGUAAUGAAAUUACUUCUGUCCAGUAAACUUUGUAUGUCAUGUCAAUUUAUAAUAAAAGCUGAAAAAAUCCAUUUGUUUUCUAUUUAUAAUAAAGAUGCCUUUUCUAUAUGUACCCUUAAUGAGAUUUUGAAGAAAUCAUGUAAGCUGGUUAAAAAGCAUUUGAAUGGUACAGUAGAUGUAAAGAAACGAAACAACAAGUUUGGCUGUUUAAAUGAAACUUUUGUUUUUACAUUAAAUGUUUAUUUGAAAUCAGAUUUUGUACAUAAAGUUCAGUAAUAUAAAAUAUGCUAUCAUAUUUGUCCAGUCAUUGAGUGCAUGCAAAAAGAUCAUGAAUACCUAGUCUAAACAACAUACUUCCUCUUCAUUAUUCUUGGGAUCAUCUACAGUUUUCACCUGUCAGGUUAUUACAAUUCUCCUGUCUACAUUAGUUUUACAGUCAUGCAUCAUUGUGUUACGAAUGCCUUCCCCAUAAAAUCAGGAAUGAAAUCCCUAGUGGAUGUCAGGGAAUUUCUGGUUCUCAUCUUUUGAAAGUAUUCAGAAAAAAGCUUGAAUUUUUUUUUCUGUUGAUUCAUUGAUAGGUUUUAUUUCAUCACUUUUUGAGUGGGUAUUUGGGGUUGAUGGUGUCUGUUAAAUCAUUGCCAUUACAUUAUUUCAUGAGGCAAAAGAACAUUUAAGUUGGACAUGGUCUGAACCAUACCACUGUUGUGUAUUGUUACUUAUUAUAUUCCAGUUCUGAACAUAUCACAUACUGACUUCCAGGUCCUUAGUUAUGACUUAUUUUUUCUUUUGUCUGCAAAUAUUGUUUAAUUGGUGUGAACUUAUGAUCCAGAAGUACUUUAGUUGGACCUGAACUAAAACAAGCAACAUUCAGAAUCCAAAUUCUGAUUAUCCUCCCCCCCCAAGAAGAGUGUACUUAAUAGAGACUUGUCUAGUUUUUGGAAACUAAUUAGGCUGCAUGUUUUAAUAGGCAAAAUGCUGGAGUUGAAGAACUAUGAUUAUUGAAAUGGAUAUAAGGCUCAUCAAUCUAGUGGCUGUUGAAAGUGAGCGAGGGAAAAAAUAACCUAUUCUUCCCAUCGGAAUAAUUCACAUGAAACAACUGUUAACACUUCUUUGGUCUGGCUUAGGUUUAGGCAACUAGUUGAGAGCUAACCAACUGUAGAACCAUAAUUUCAUAUUGCAGCUUGUUAGAUAUGCCCAUUUAUUCAUCUAAAAAAAGGGGAUGGUUCCUUUAAGUUAACGUUUAAACUAUUUCUGCAUUUGCACUGUGUGUAUUAUACAUCUUGUGAUCUUUGUUUUAAGAUUGGGACUGGUGCUUGGUGGCCAUCUGUCCCAGAGAUGUCUGUCAAGGAAUAUCAGUUUAUGUCCAUCAGAAUUAAAGGUGCAGUGACAAUCCAAAGGUGUUGAAUAUAAUGGUGGUGUCUGUCAAAGUUUUCUCCUAAUCUGUAUAUUAAAGAUUUUAGAAGCUCUCACUUUGAAUAUACCGUAGUACUUAUCAGCUAUAUGCUUUGGUCUAAAUUUAGAGUAAAUUUCUCCUGGGAGUUAUUGAUGAGUGCUUCAGAUCUUGUUUGAUGUCUGAAAUAGUGAUGAUGCUGAGGAAAGUGCACAGGCUGGGGCAAGGGAGGGUAUCUCAUUGUAGAUACUAUUUAAGACAGGUUAUUUGUGAAAAGUUGGUAUUGUUACGUGAAGUAAACCUGUUGUGUCCAUUAAUGUCAUAAUCAGCAUACUUAUAUCAAUGGAAGAAUAAGUACAUUACUAGUAGUAGAACCAAGAUAUCAAGAUGUAGGUAUGAAAAGGCUGUCUGAAAUGCAAACAAAAGCUAGAAGUACAUAAAAGAAUCCUUCUGCUUUUCCAGGAGCAUACAACUUUGGAAGGCUCCAGUGAUGGUGAGAAGGGUAUCCUUAUCAUAAAGCAGGACCCUCAGCCUUAUAGGUUUGGAAUGGGCAUCUCUACCAGAGAAUGAGUGACUAGUAUUGGGGAACUAUACUUUGGCAUAGGUGGAACAAGAGGGGAAACUUUCAGUUUUGAUCUGGAUUGAUAUUGUGUCCUUGGAGAAGGGAUGUAAUUUGGUCCUAAUGACUGAGUGCUUUCUUUAAGAAGUUUAGCUCUUUCAAUUGGAGGCUGAAUACAGGUGUUCAGGGCCUGGUCUCACACCACAUCUAGAAGUGCUGAAAAUGAUAGAUUGUGGACAAACAGCUGAGUUAAGGAAAGGGCAGUGUGAGGCAGAGGCUUGAGGCUGAUGCAGAUAACCAAAUUUGAAGGACAGUCAGAAUAUUUUCCAGAUUAAUGCUGAUAGAAUGAUAUUGUGAAUCCUGGUUUUUUUUAAAGCAAUUAGUGUUAUAUUUGUCAAAUCAGCAAGAAUAUUUGGGAUUAAUUGCUGUAGGAAGAGCUUCCCUGAAUGGGUUGGAUUCUUCUCUAGAAGACGUGGUGACCUUUUUAAAAAAAAAAAAAAUUACAAAAAGGGUGCAAGUGGAACAGAUCACAAGUGCAAAAAAACCUCCAAACACUGUAGAAGAGAACUGUUAUACUGCAUAACAAGGCAGUGAAAUAAGGAUGUAUGUUAGUCAACAUGCCAGCAAAGGGAGGUGGACUUUCACACAGAAAGGAAUUAAGCAAAGCUGCUUCUUGACUCAUUGGAGAAGCCAAAUAAGAGUAAUCUCCAGAUGAUAGUCAACAUGAAAAGUUUUCAGAAGAGAUGGGGGAGAUGUUGCAGGAAAGGUUUGGUGUUUCAUCAGCAGUGAUUUAUAUGGGGAGGAAGAGUUAUGGGCAACAGUGGCUGAGCAAAUGGCAUGGGUGUAGUGAGGCAAUGUCUGGAGUAGGCUACAUCAAGUCCAUAGUGUUUAAUUUAGCAGUUUAGAAAUAGACCAUGAAACUAAGGGAGUCAGUUUGCAGAUGUAUAUAAUGAACAAGGCAAUUUAAGUAUACCACCACCUUUUAGUCUUGUGGAAUAUGAACUACCUGUGGUUAUAGGGAGAAAUUAUGCUUGUCUUGUUCUUCUGAACAGUAACGCUAAUAAGAUUAAAGGGAAGAAUCACCAGUUGUGUUCAUGAACACAAACCUGCUACCGAAAUAAGAAUGGUUUAACUCCAUAUAGAAAGAAUAGUAAAGCUGCACUUGGUCAGAGUAGACAUGGUUAUAUGUAGUUAUGCUAGUCAUCUGAUCUAUGGAAAUUAGUAUAGGGUUAAUCUAUACCUAGUUUGAACAGAUGCUGAGAUUUAUUCAGAAGGGGGCAACAUAAGCAGUGCUAACAAUUACUAGACAGGCACAAAGUUCAGCAAUCAAUUUUUAUUUUUUUAAAAAAAUUCACAAGACAACUGUCAGAGGUAUUAUAACUUCAGAGAACAUACUUUCAAAGUUUCAUAAGUUUAGUUUUCAUAAGUUUAGUAUUCAUAAGUUGUUUGCAUGAUUUUAGUAUUUAGAUGUAGAACACAUUUUGAAGCAAUUGCAAACGUCAAGCCUUCAAUCUACUGCAACCCUUAACUGUUUUGGAAAAUACUCGUGCUACAAUAAUAAGGUUCUUUAGAAAGAUUAACAGUACAGGUGAGUAUUUUGAUGUUUGAAGAGUACCUGAUGUGCUAGCUUUUGUAAGCAAUGACACAAUUUCUCAAGAAAAAGCUGGAAGAUGACAUUUUGGAUAAUGGCAAAAGAUGGGUUUUAACAUUAAUUACUUUAAAUCAUGAAGUAGAUUAAGACUGAUUUAACCUCCAUUAAGCCUUUCUUAAAAGCUGGAGAGUGAGAACUUGCAGUAGUGCAGGGACUAAUUUACCAUUCCAGCCAUUUCUCCAGUGUUGUAAAAAUGUAUCACAAAUUAAUUUUUUUAAGCUGGCUUGCAGUAUGUACUGUGAACAAGCUGACACAACUACGUCAUGCAGGCGUAUAUUCAGCUGUGUAAAUAGAAGUUCCAUAUAAUGUAUCAUCAUUUUAUAUUUUGAUAGUUACCUAUUCUUGCCAGCCCUUUGACAAAGUGGGAGGCAUACAUUUGUUUCUUACAGUGAGUAGAAUUUUUCUUUAAACAGAGGUUUGGCUCUAUUUUUGCUUGAAAUUAAGCUUUUAAUAAAGUUACUCAAUGUACCUACUACCAAACAUCUGGACUCAGGGAAAUGGGUCAGUAAUACACAGUGGAUAAGGCAUGGGCAUAUAAAACAGACGUGUUCUGCCAACUUCAGCGCUAACUGUACUAUUGCCAAGUUGUAAUCUCUGUUCUUCUGUAAAUAGGAAUACUCUCAGAAUAGUCUUCAAAAGCACCUUCCUACAUAACACUACAGUAUGUUAAACUAUACUAUGUUCAAGUUGCAUUAGAUCAGUGAUCUAUCUAAUCUAGUACAUUAAAUGUCAUCAACUGCUUCGAAGAAAUAAUCUUUCACUUAACCUGUUAAACAGUUUGUUCCUAAUCCCCCAUUAACAGUUUGUACAAUGAUAUACAACACUUUUGUAAGUGAAUAUUGUUACCUGUUGCUAAUAUUCUAAUUCUCACUAUCUUUUCACAGUAAAUCACAAUCUAGUUCUGUGGUGCUUGAGUGCAGGUUUUUGGUAUCUGCUUGAAACUUCUACUUUUUGCUUACUGUUAAAAUACUACUUGUGUAACAAAAAGGGGAAUGAAUAAAAGCUGCAACUUUAGUUCUUCCCACUUCUAACAUGUUCUCAGUGAUUAAUCCCUCCCCUCUGAGUUUCUUCCGUGCCCCUAAUUGUGACCUGUCUUAAAAUCAACUUGCUUCUCCUAUAUCCUUUAAGGUAAAGUGAAGAUAGGAAAAGUGCACAUAAUCCAAAUGGGGUAAUUUUGACACUAGCAUAUUAGGCACCUGUAGCUACCGUAGCCAUGAGUAUAUUUAAAAGAAAGGAAUAGGGCAAGAUCUUAUGACUGUGUUGUAUAAAAAAAAAAA